GUAAACUUUCCAAAUCUUUCGAAUUACUUAAAUGCUGUGAGUUAUGACGAGUAGGCCUACUUUUUUGUCUUGGCGACUACACUGGGCUACUUAAUUUAACCUAUCCGGUCUUUUCUUUUCUCCUGAAUGCUUAAGAUGAAUUGGUAGAUGGAAGCUAUUAAAACUGUAACGAUGUGAUCUACCUAUCCUUACUUGUAGCAAAAACCGGAAGCAUUAUGUUGCUGUAAGGAGCCCAAGCUAUAGAAAAACAAAACAUAUACUCUGGACUUGGAGAAAAUAAAGACAGAGCGAAUGUACUUGAGUCAUCCAUAGUCUAAAAUGAUUAGGUUUAGAGAUUAGGAUAUAUCUGUUUGCUCAGCUAACUGCAGGGCAUCUUCGACAACUUUCCCCAAGUUUCUCUUGUUGGAAAUAGUUUGCACAGUUUUGUGUUAUGCCUCCUCCCCCUUUAUCAACUUCCUGGAUAUCCUGAGUAGUGAACACACACAGAGGACCUGAGGCGCUGGAGAGAGUGGUAGACACUUUGACUGACUUGACAUGUUUUUACCAUGGUGAGAAGAGAGAAGGUGGAAAUUCAGGCUAGCGCUAACUGGAUUAGGAUUAGCACUGUCACCGUGUAACCCUGAAGAGACUUGAUGAUCUGACCUGGAUUUUCCCCCCAAGUGCCACUGUAGUUAGCCACCUUGCUAACUUAUCCGAAGAAAUUCUGGCAGUCAUACAUCUCAUUUUAACUUUUUACAAGGAUUCCUGGAAGAAAGGGUUCGAUUCGGAAGCUUUGAAGUAGUCAACUUUUUAUGAGACCAUUUCUUAUAGAAAUUCUCUGCGCACAAAUCACGCAGCAAAUGUAUCCGGCCCUUCUAUUGUCUAGAUAAAUUGCAACUACUCAAUGAUGUGUUCCAUAAGUUUUCAAAAAGAUCUAAAGGGACAAACCGUAAGCAACAACAUGGUUAGUUGUGGCUCCGUUUUCUCAUAACCUAGUUUGCAAUGCAAACGUGUCGACGACAAUCAAGGAGCAGCACCUUGAAUUAAGAGGCAACAUUAAUUCAAGAACUUGAUACUCUCAUUAUAUCAUGGCACUUUGCGGGCGAAGAAAUCGGUCAAAACUGAUUGUUUGCAUCCUUUGUGCCUCUGUAGUUGGAUACUUCGUAUUUCUGAAACGCAGUGGAUACGAUAUCGGGGUGGCAAGUCGACGUAUGGUUUCUACCAAUGGACAGGAAGAUGGGGAAUACGAAAAGUUGAGGAGACCAGUUUACGAGAAACCACCUUUGGAUAUGAGUGCAUUUGGGGAAAUGGGACGAGCUGUUAAGUUAGAUUUGACUGGGGAAGAGAAGAAGAAAGAAGAGGAGAGUGUCACCAAACAUCAAAUCAAUACUUACGUGAGCGACAAAAUAUCCCUUCAUCGAAGACUGCCCGAGAGAUGGAAUCCACUCUGUAAGGACCUGAAGUAUGACUACCGCUCCUUGCCCUCCACGUCGGUGGUGAUCGCCUUCUAUAACGAGGCGUGGUCCACUCUGCUGCGCACUGUCCACAGCGUGCUGGAGACCUCGCCUGACCUGCUCCUGCGAGAGAUCAUCUUGGUGGACGACUACAGUGACAGAGAGCACUUAAAGGAGCCCCUGGAGCGGUACUUAUCAGACCUGCGUAAGGUGCGGCUGGUCCGCGCCCGUAAGCGCGAGGGCCUGGUCCGAGCCCGGCUCCUGGGGGCCUCCAUCGCCACGGGCGACGUGCUUACCUUCCUGGACUGCCACUGUGAGAGCCACGACGGCUGGCUGGAGCCCCUCCUGCACAGGAUAAUGGUGGAGCCUACUGCCGUGGUGUGUCCUGUAAUUGAUGUUAUUGACUGGAACACAUUCCAGUACCUAGGCAACCCCGGUGAGCCUCAGAUUGGUGGGUUUGAUUGGCGGCUGGUGUUCACCUGGCACCCUGUGCCAGAGUAUGAGCAGAAGCGGCGUAGCUCCCCGACAGAUGUCAUCAGAUCUCCUACCAUGGCUGGAGGUCUGUUUGCUGUCAGUAAGAAAUACUUCCACUACCUGGGCACCUACGACACCGGAAUGGAGGUGUGGGGAGGAGAGAACCUGGAGUUCUCCUUCAGGAUCUGGCAGUGUGGAGGCUCGCUGGAGAUCCACCCCUGCUCCCACGUGGGCCACGUCUUCCCCAAGAAGGCCCCCUACUCGCGGAGCAAGGCGCUGGCCAACAGCGUGCGGGCCGCAGAGGUCUGGAUGGACCACUACAAGGACCUGUACUACCAUAGGAACCCCCACGCUCGCCUGGAAGCCUACGGAGACGUGACGGACAGACGGAAGCUCCGGGAGCAGUUGGGCUGUAAAGACUUCAAGUGGUUCCUGGACAACAUCUACCCGGACAUCCACGUCCCGCAAGACCGACCAGGAUUUUUCGGAAUGCUGAAGAAUCGAGGCAUGACCAACUACUGCUUUGACUACAACCCACCUGAUGACCAUAACGUGGUGGGACACCGGGUCAUCCUCUACCCCUGCCAUGGCAUGGGCCAAAACCAGUUCUUCGAGUACUCCUCUGACCACGAGAUCCGCUAUAACACACGGGAGCCAGCAGGGUGCGCUGUGGCCGACCCGGUCUCCACCUACCUGACGGUGCACCUGUGCAGGAAACCCCGACAACCCGUUCCACAGGAGCAGCAGUUUGUGCUCAAAGAGGACGGGACGCUGUUCCACGUACAGACCCAGAAGUGCGUCCAGGCUGUGGCCAAAGUCGACAGCAGCAGCCCGGGGCCGGCUCUCAUGCCCUGUACGGACUCGGCCCACCAGCAGUGGUUCUUCGAGGAGCGGUCAUAGAGACGCGGACGCCCGGACCGGACAAGAGUGGAGUCCAUCUAAGACCGGAACCACUCGAGAACCACAUCAUCCAGGGCAUUGCGGCUGAAAGAAUUUGUCCAGUGUUCUGGAUCUCAGGCACUGAACGGUUCAGGGACUCCAGACACAACUUAGCAGUAACACCUGCCAUAGGUAGUAAUGCUCACACGAUGUUAUGGAUACAUUUUUCAAACUUUUGAGAUUUUCAAACUGCAGAAGAUUGGUAUUUUGUGGUAAUUUAUCACUUUAUCACUUGUUAUGACAUAAGAAUCGACUAUGUAUUUAUGUAUGUUUUACACCAAUGUCUUGUGUUACAAGUACAGUGACAUAUAUUGUCGUGUCAUCCCGUGACACAGGCAUUAAUAGGCUGGAUUAUUUACACUUCAUACCUCUAAGAAAGGUCUCUCUAUGGAGGAGCUGCGAUCUCUUAAACGGUCUUCAUGUGGAUAUCAUAUUUUUCCUAAAGUAGGAAUUCGCUCUGCUGUUGUAGUUACAGCACAGGCUACAAGACGAUCUGCUGUCUACACUCCAUCAUUUAGAAGCCUCUCUGUCUCUUUCUCCUGCUUCUGACUCCUGCUCUGCAUAGUCAGGUCUUCAGCUAGUCUUUCUGGAUAUAUCAGGCAGUGCACUGAGCAGAGGCUGAGAGACUCUACAGAGAGGUGGUGAUGGGCAGUGCAGCCGCUGUCAGCUCGUCGUCCCAGAGAAAUACCUCUAGAUGGCGCCAGUGCCUCCGUUUUUACUGCUGUUUACCUCUAGAAUCCUCCAUGUUCUCACAUUAGCUUUGGUUUGGUCGCAGUGAUGGGAGGAUUUUUGUUCACUCACACGUGCUAUUUACAUUCCUCCGCAAAGCCUUCCCCUCACCCUACUCCAGUGUACCUAUCAUUCUUUAACUACUGAGUAGGACAUGAGUAGGACAUGAGUAUGUCUUGAGUAGGUCUUACAAAGGCUGGUAGGAAAUACCUCAGCAAGCAGCCUGACAAACUUGACCACAGGCUGGUUCCUGAACCGUGACAAUGCUGUUUCAUGUACAUGCUGGUGUUUUUUGUUUUGUUUUCCCCGUUCUUAAUAGUCUAUCUAUCUAAAACAAAACAUUUUCUGUUGAUUUCAUGACUGUAGGCUGAUCAUUGCUAUGUAUAUGGCGAGCACAUGACUCAUUUGUCAGAUUUUUUAUUGUUAUUUUUUAUGAAGAGUAAUGAAGAGUUUCAUUUGGAAUUUAAGCACAAGCGGAAACUAGAAGGAAGCAUAGAGCUUAUAGCAGUUGUAAUGUGAUCCGAUCACGGAACUGAUGUCUCAAGUGCCUGACUGGAUGCAUGCAGUGAUAACAUGCAAUCACCCCUCACGCUUCUCCUUCCCAUAGGAAUCUAACCCCCCCCCCACCGCCCCCUCCUGUUCCUUUUGUUUAGUCGCAUGCGGUGCUGUGCGUGAUAUAGUUAUUGAAAGAGGUUGCUUGAUGGGAGGGUAGGAGAGGGUAACGGCAAGAUGUCCUUCCACACUGGAGUCUUAAAGGCUCUGACAGCCACCAAUUAGAGACCAAAGGGCUCCACAAUGGGCAGAUGUUUCCAAUCCUGACUGCAGAUAACUGCAGUGCUGUGCCUGAUUGAUCACGCUUGUGUGAAUGCAGACAAUUUUGCAUAUGGGGAAACCCUCCCCUCCCCUCCCCUCCCUUCACC